AUGGAUUUGCGCAGCAUGUUGAACAGCGAUGCGAGACCCCGUUCGCCGCCGCAACAGACAUCGCCUGCUCGCCAGAACUCUGACCCGCUGAAUCCUGUUGAAUAUGCAAGACCGAACGAUGCUCAGACGCCCGGUUCAUCGUACCAGCCAGGCUAUUACUCGCGUCCGCCUCAACCUCCUCCUUUGCAGCCACCUCGCCAGUCCCCCGUCGCAUCGACCGCAUACCCUUCCCUCCAGUCGCCCUACCAAUACAACUCAACCUCAUCAGUCAGUGGAGGACCGCCGCCGCAUCAUGCCCAGAGCCCGUCCCAGUCGUAUCCUCCUCCGUCGCGAGACCCUCACCCGGUCACCCCAGCCAGUCCCGCGGUGUACGCCCAGCCGCCUCUUGCUUCACCAUACACACCUCAGUCAGCACCGCCAGUUCAGCACCAGCAAAAGCAACAGCAGUCUUACUUCUCCCACCACCAGGGUACCCAACAUGUCCAGUACCCCCCCGGUCCUCCAUCCAGGUCCAGUCACUCGUCCCACGCGAGUGAAAGUCCUCAUCAACAAUCUUUCCCGCCGCAGCAACACCAAUUCUCGCCUCCUCCACAGCGCUCUCAACCUGGAACACCCCUAGGCCCGCCUUCUGCGCCCCUCCAUCGUCCUUCUUCUCAGUCCGUCCAGCUGCAGCCAACAGGGGAACACCGUCACUCUCACCCCAUGGACUCGCGCGCCUCACAAGAUCUCCAAGGCCCGGAGAUUCAAAUGAGAGAUUCGUCGCCCAGCCACCAGAUCGUCUCGCCAUCGCAGAGAGAACCAAGGCUACCAGAUCAGUCACAAACAAGUCAAUACCCUUCAGAGUCAGACAGAGAAAGGAGUGUCAGCGUUAGCCCGAAAACGAUUGUCUCCCGCCAGAGUCUUUCACAAGACCAAGGGACCACACCUCAUCGCACAAGCACAGAUGAAGAUCGCUGGAGAGACAGUCCUCCGGCUCAUCAGUCUUACAACGGCCCUUCCGCAGAAUCCUUGAAACAGCAAUCUCUCACACCUCAACUAGCAUUUUCUCAGCCUCAGGCGAUGCAGACAAGCAGCUCUCCCUUGGUUCGACAUACCCCGUCUCGUGAGACUUCGGCCGCGCCUUCUCGACCGGUGAAAUCUGAGGUAGUCAGUCGACCCUCAAGCUCACUAGGCCGGCCAACAAAGCGAAAGAAAAUCAGAUAUGAUGAGCCCCCGAUAUACGCUAGGAAGGCAACCAGAAUGGGAGCAAAAGGCCCAGUGUUACCAAGCCCGCGACCCCCAAUCCCAAAACAUGCUUCUGCUAGGUUCUCAUUACGAGAAAAUUCGCCAUCUACUCUGGCCGAUGCUCCACCGUCUACAUCGACACCAACGCCGGUCAAGCCGCCUGUUAACGGUGCCACGCCGCCAAAUGGCCGUGUCGUUGCUACCGCACCCCCGGAACCUUCACACGGUGCACUAGGUCCUUGGGAGCCUUCAAUCACGGGGAAAAUACCCUAUGAAGAAGUUACAAAAUCCAUUUGUGAUUUCUUGUUCAAAGAAGUAGUACUACGAAAGGAUCUUGCCGCCGGGGCUGCCGGAGCGGCGGCGACUGGGUCAAUGGCUACGUUAGAGAUCGAAGCAAAAUUAGGUAGACUCGUGGACAAGGAUCGAGGAGAGCGUCUUCGACUACCGAUCAUGACAGAGUGCAUAAUCCACAGAGAAGGUUCUGGUUUUCGAACAGCAUUUGAAAGCUCUAUGAGUUUAGCACAACACCGCGCUAUGAAUACGUUUCUAAACGAUGCUGUAAAAGCUUCAAUGCCCCAACCGGGAUCUCCUAGGAUUCCACUAUCCUAUGCACACAAAAGAGAACGUGAUACAUUUUACGAGAUAUCAGCAAACGAACUUCCACCAGUCAUCCAGCACCAUCUCCACCCUCGACAUAAGCCUAAAGUACGAGUGACUACAGACCAAAAGACAGGUGAACUGCUCGCCAAGAUAGUCAAAUGCCGACUAGCCGAUUUGGACGUUUAUAGUCCUUCGACCUGUGUGGACUGGCGAAUUUCAGUCAAUAUCGAAAUGAACUUUGAUGGAGAUAUACGGCAUCUCCAGGUCUCAGAUGGUGGCGGUGCUCGUGGCAGAGGAGGGGUUGAUAGAGUCAAAGAUCGCAUGAGUUAUCGCCAUCUGGCGUAUCAGAUUGAUCUUACCCAAGUCGGCAUGGCAGAGGGACCCUCCAAGAAUGAUUUUGAGCAUGAACUCGAAGUGGAAAUCUCCGCCGCCGAGCUUCGACGACAGGGCAACCUGGUCAUGAGUAGGGACGACUCGAAUCAAUACGAAGAUCUUGUCAAGGGAUUCGUGGACAAUAUUCGCAUUCUUGCUCGAGCUAUUCCUAACGCAUGA